AUCGCGAUCGGUUGGGUUUUGCGGUUCAUAAUGUAUUAUUUCGGAAUUUGUAUAUUCUACGCCGUUUUAGGCUACAAUCUGUUUGCUAUUGUGAAUCUCAAAAAAAGAGUUUAUGCACAUUCCAUUGACGAUAGCCGCCAGCAGAUGCAUAUUCCAGAAUGCAAUCUAAAUGCACAACUAGCCAUUAUAAACGCUGUUCAAAUGAAAACCCUCAGAAAGCUGGAACAAAUUAAAAAACAAACUCGAUUAAAUAUAGAAAGGUUUCAAAAAGAUAACCUUGAAAAAUUCGAAAGAAUUCAAAAAGAAACACUGAAAAAAACGAAAAGAUUGCAAAAAGACGAACGAUGUGUUGUGACGGAUGCACCAAUUCAAUGUGGGGGAUUCUGUCUUUCAGCACUUCAUCCUUUAAUUGAUGAUAUUAGUCACGUUCAGCAAGAAAUUGACAAUCAAAAAGAAAGCCAGGCCAAUAUCAAAAUAAGUCAGAAGGAAACACUUGCGAUACUACAAGAAAUCCUGCUGAAAUUGACCGCAAUUCAAAAAGUAAAUGAAGCGAGUUUGGGCAAUUCAAAGGAAGAGCUAGACACGUUUCCAAGGGAUACACCUAAGAGAGAGGAAAUUGAAAGUCCAUUCAUUCCGCCAGGAUUUCAACUAAUUGGCUCAAGAUAUUUUAAUAUUGUAGCAGAUACUAAAAAUUGGGCUGAUGCUGAAGUAAACUGUCGUCAAAGGGGAGGUUAUUUGGCGGCCAUCCAAAAUCAAGAGGAGUAUGACGUCAUCAAACCGAAACUUAUGGAAGGUUAUUGGUACUGGCUGGGUAUUAACGAUCUCCAAGAAAAGGGCCAGUAUAAAUCUGUGGCCUCUGGAAACCUAGCACCUUUUCUAAUGUGGAACGCCCUUCACCACAAUUCUUCCGAAGGCAACUGCGCUUCCUUGAUAAACGACGAAAUGUAUAAUUCACCUUGCGAAGAUAAAAAAUAUUUCAUUUGCCAAUUUGACAAAAUAGUCUAGUAAAAAAAUAAACAAAUUAUUUCAAUAUCACUCAAAGAAACAUUGUUAUAUAUGUAUUUAAUUCCAUUUAAAUUUACAGAAAUGUAAUACAAUUGUCAUGAUUUGAAAUUAAAAUAAUCUUUUAAAUAAUAAUAAAACAAAAAACGUAUAUAAAAAUCUAUGUAAGCUGCUGCUUAUCGGCUAACUCGCUCAAUUAUCAGGCCUCUCAAAUUUUUUUUUGUUUUAUCGAAACUUGCGGGCAGCGUCAAA